UGUGUGUGUGUGUGUGUGUAGAGGACUCAGGGUGGUACUUCCCAAGUGUGAAGCGUGAUCCUCAGCGAUACUUACAGUCAUGUCCUGAUUCAGUGUGUCAGUGGCUGAGGAACAUGAAAGACCGUGGGAAAGUUGUGUUGCUCAUCACCAGCUCACACUCUGACUACUGCAGACUCGUGUGUGAACACAUCCUGGGGAAAGAUUUUGAGGAUCUUUUUGACGUGAUCAUCACAAAUGCACUGAAGCCAGGCUUCUUUUCUCUAUUACCACACCAGCGACCCUUCAGGACCCUAGUAAAUGAUGUGGAGAGUGACACAGAGUUGUCCUGUCUGGAUAAGUGUGGUUGGUUCUCACAAGGAAACUGGCCACAUCUUUACGACCUGCUCAAAUCCCUAACAAGCAAACAGCUGCCCAAGGUGGUGUAUUUUGGGGACAGUAUGCGCUGUGACAUGUUUCCAGCAUUCACUUUUGCGAAGUUGGAGACUAUUAUGAUACUGGAGGAGAUGGAGGGAGAAGGUGUGGUGAAAGACUCCAGUCAAAGCUCCGCCUCCAAUAAAGGCCCUGCAGAGAAGAAAGGAAAGUUUGAGGAGUGUAUGAAGGCACCCUCGGCUGUGUCUCAGCAGUGGGGCUCAUACUUUGUGGACGUACAGACAGAUGAAGCUGGACAGGAGCAGCACACAUUAACCUGGUGCUGCAGCUCCAUUCACAAAUACAGCAGUGUGGCUAUACCCAGUGUGGAGAGCAUAGCAGCUCUUCCUCUAAAUUUCCAGUUCAUGCGUUUCUCCAAAGCUCAGUCCUGCACUAGGGGUUAUUACCCCUCACCCCCCAACUCGUUAAUGAAGAGGGCAGAAUCCUAAGCCAACUGGUGGAGUGUGUGUGUGUGUGUGUGUGUGUGUGUGUGUGUGUAAUGUGAAAUAUUGACUGUUGUAGUGUUGUGCUUGUCAGUUGUGUUGUUUUGUUCAGCUGAAUAAACACAACCCAGUGAUCUUGUGUUCACUACUGUGUUCAUUACUGUGUGUUUUUUCUCUAUAAAGAUUCUGUAUUCUAGAAAAAUAAAAAUACAAUUAAAGUUUAAAA